AGGGCAGCUCAAUGUACUCGUUCGGCCGCCGCCUGAACGACCUGGCGCCGCUCUUCACCAGCGAUGAGUCAUACGCGGCCGUCAAGGCCUUUGCGGCGUCCCGCCCCGGCGUCCUGUCCCCCACGUUCCUGGAGAGCGCCAACGAGGCGAUGCACAGGAAUCAGCAGUGGCUCGCGGCGCAGGGCGGGGAGGCGUGCGGCUGGCUGGCGGCGGCAGCGGGGGCGGCCACGGGGGCUGGCGGGCGGUGA